AUGGAGCGUCACGGCGUGCAUACGGCGCCUUACAGUCGACCUGGACGGCAGCAGCACGCGGCCGCGGACCGCAGCCGCUGCGCCAUGGCCGACCACGAGGAGCUGCCAGAGACGGGCGCCGUGCUCACCUUCGGCCGCAGCCGCUUCAACGAGAACCAGGCGUCGCGGUUCUGGAUCAAGAACGACCCGAUCAUUGCCUGCGCCUGCGGAGAUGAGCACACUGUCGUUAUCGCCGCGUCUCACCGCGUGUUCUCGUUCGGCUCCAACGAGUUCGGGCAGCUCGGUCUCGGACACACCAAGUCGGUGACACGACCCAGCUGUGUCAAAGAGGACGGUAAGCUGUUUGCGUUCGGUCUGAACCAGGACGGCCAGCUGGGUCUGGGUCACACGGAGAUGACCUUUGACCAGGUCACUCAGUGGAACGGCGGCACGGCUGAGCAGAUUGACGCCGGCGUGGCGCACACCGUGGUUCUCACAGCCCACGGUCAGCUGUUUGCCUGGGGCAGUAACGAGGACGGCCAGUGCGGGCUCGGCGACGCGCCCGGGGCCUGCCUGCCGACGCCAGUGCCAUCUGACGAGGAAAUCGUCAGUCUCAGUUGCGGCUACCGCCACACGGCGUUUGUGACAGGGCAGCACACGUGGCAUUGCCGCUGCCUGGCCCCUUGA